AUGGUCAGCUGCAAGGGGGAGAACACGGUCGGCAACAGCACGGCAAGUGCAAAGCUCCAGCGUGAGCAAUCCAACGAGGCAAUCCACGAAGGACGGCGACGCGGGCCCAUCUCCAGUGCCGUCGCAGGCGCGCAGCUGCAGCCACCUGAGGCUCCCGCACCUGCCGCGCUCGCGCGCGUCGUGCACGCCUGGCCUGCCUCUGCGCUCGAGCCGAGCCACGCCUCCGCUCGCCCGCGCCACCUUGCUCCAGCGCCGCCCGCCUGGAUCCUGCGCCUGGCCGAGCCGCACGCUCGCUCGCGCGCACGCGCCCGAGCCUCGCCUGCCCACACCUGCUCGCUCGCCGUCAGCCGCGCCGAGCCUGAGCCGCAGCCGCCGCCUGAAGCCACACCCCGCACCGGCUCGCCUACUGCCCGCGCGCUCCGCCCAGUCGCCGCCAGCUCGCGCUUGCGCGCCGCCUGCCACGCCGGCGCCCUUGGCCGCGCCGCUUGGGGCCCACGCCGGACUGCCCCCGUGCCUGUGCGCUGCGCCUGA